AUGAGUGACAAUAUACUGGGUGCUGGUAUCUUGGGAACAAUCUUUUUGAUCGUGAAUACUACACUAGGAGCUGGAUUGUUGAAUUUCCCACAGGCCUUCGAUAAAGCUGGAGGGGUAGGAACUUCUGUCGUGGCUCAACUUGUCUUGCUAAUAUUGAUCACAGCUUCUCUGGUGAUACUGGCCAGUUGUAGCAACAGUACAGAUACCGAUACAAUGCAAGAUACAUUCGCUGGAUUAUGUGGAUCCAAGUCACUUGCUUUCUGUGGAAUCUGCAUAGCUAUUUACAGCUUCGGUUGUUGUUUAACGUUUCUGAUAAUUGUUGGUGAUCAAUUUGAUAGAGUGUUUGCCACAUAUUAUGGUCUGGACUAUUGUCAUACGUGGUAUUUAUCCAGGCCAUUUGUGACAGUUUUAUCUUGCAGUACAUUUAUAUUGCCGCUAUGUUUUUUUAAAAGACUGGAUGUUUUAAGUUACGCAAGUUCUGUUGGUUGCAUAACCAUCAUUUAUGUCGUAUGGUUAAUUAUUUACAAAAGCUUCGACGAGCAAAAUAAUCCUAUAUCACCUAUAAAAAUCUGGCCAGAUAAUGGAUAUGAAAUUCUACAGAUAAUACCCAUUGUUUGCUUCGCUUAUCAAAAUCACAUGACAGCGAUACCGACUUAUGCCUGUAUGAAGGACCGUAAUUUGUGCAAGUUCACUAUAUGUGCCGUCGUCAGCAUGCUGAUCAGUUAUGGCACGUACAGCGUCGUCGGUUAUUUCGGCUACGCCACGUUCGGUAAUGGUAAAGUCCCAAGCGAUAUUCUGCAAGGCUACACCGAUAAGAGUGCCAUUGUAACCGUGGCGAUAAUUGCAAUCGCGAUAAAAAAUUUUACAACCUAUCCCAUCGUAUUAUAUUGUGGCAGAGACGCGCUUCUCAGUGUCUUUAAUGUGAGUUUUGAUCGAAUUGGCAUCCGUGUAAUCAUCACAUUGAUUUGGUUCAUUCUGUCGCUGGUUAUCGCCGUUCUGGUGCCGGACAUCUCACCGGUCAUCAACUUACUAGGAUCGUUGUCCGCGAUGUUUAUUUUCAUAGUGCCAGGUAUCUGUCUCCUGCAAAAUGUAUUCCUCAAAGAUCCAGAAUUGUACUUAAAUAAAACUCGCAUGCUGGUCGUCUUUGCAAUCUUCCUGAUCUCAUUCGGGGCUUUUGUAUGCGGUGUUGUAUUUAUGGAGGCCCUUCAAGAUCUACAGAGGACGCCGGCUGAACCGCCACUAGUCACUGGUUUCAGACAGUUCAGAGAAAGCUUGUGUGUUUGAUAACAACAGUACACUCAAAAUACACAUUAUGCAAUCUGAGAAACUUAGAGAUUUUUUUUAUUAACAUCGGUAACAAUUCAUUAACGACGUACUACGUUUUCUAUAGAUCUCAUAUGUAA